GAUGUAAACUGAUGGCUUUCCUGAUUCAAUAUUUCUACGUGGUCGGAGCUUGUCAGUUUGCAAUGGAAGGCGUUCACCUCCUCGUCACUCUGAGCCAUGGAAUUACUAGGGUAUGGAAGAAGUGGCUGAUGUUGGCGAUUGGUUGGGGAUUACCUUUGUUAAUUUCUGUAAUUGCUAUUAUUAUCGCCACUGACGGGUAUGGGCCACCAUCGCCAUUGCAGAAAUUCUGCUGGUUGUCUUUCAAGAUUGGUACAUGGUGGAGUAUGCAUAUACCAAUCGGCCUUGUGCAAUUGUUUGGUAUUGUGUGUGUAAUCGUUAUUGGAGUUCUUCAGAAUAGGGUGAAAGACAGCAGUGAUGAAGAAGAAUACAAGACAUUUAAGAGCAACUUUGUGGCCUUUGUCUGUGUGCUAAUUCUAUACAUCGUAACAUGGUUGUUCGCAUUUAUGGAACUCGAUCCAUUCAAAACCAAGAUGCCGUAUUUGUUUCUCAUCUUUCAUGCCCUACUGGGUAUAGUGAUCUCGCUGUUAUACUGUACGUUAAACUACCAGGUAAGGCUGAAACUCAAGACAAAAAUAUCGCCCAACUAAAUAUGAAGAUGAAGACCAGGAACCUAUCGACAUUGUAUGUCAUGGUAUUCAAUAUCGAUUAUCAUCAUCUGUCACUUUAUAUGCGAUAUGCAAUAACUAUAUAUACUAUAAGCCCUAACAGUCAGUGAUCACAAAGACUCCCCUAAAAGUUAUUUUGGUGUAAUGUAAUGUCCAACUUACAUUACAUACAUCGUAGUAAUAAAGUCUCGUAAACCCAUGUUUUUACCAUGUUUUAUACUAAGCAAAGAGUUUGCUUCAGAGUAUUUCUACAUGUUUUUUGUUUUACUGACUGGGGUAACGUGAAUGUUCAACGAACUUACGUAAUUGAAUUUUGGUGCUCAAAAUAUGUGCCUUACUAAGCUUUCAAGCAUGCUUAUUGGUUGUUAUGCAAAGCCACAGCAGAUGAACCUGCUCAAUAUUGCAUGCGCAUGCGGCUAUUAUUUGGCACAUGUUGUGUGAACGUAACCUUAGUUUAAAAUACUGUCCUUUUCUAAGCAUUUAGUCCGUUACGAAAUCACAACUUUAUUGGCACUCCUACUUCGAUCGCAUGUGCAGUAUGCAAAAACUUUUCCAACGUUGUGCUUACGAAGUGAAACCGACCAAUUCUGCAAACAAAAACUUUAGCUAACUUACGUCAUACGUUUGAAUUUCGAAAACUUUUGUUUGUUUUUCUGCCUAAUAAAUACUGUUUUCGAAAGACAAUCGUCCGAUUGAUGUAUGAAGGAACGGUCAAAAUGCAGUUGGGAAAAAAAGUUUAAAGAAAGUACUAUAGUAUAGGUUUCAAGCUAAUAAAAUUCAAUAUUUGAUUACUAUUAUUACUUUUAUAUGUUCAACUGGUUAAAAUAUUUGUUGAAGGUUUGCAUGGCGAGUAUCAAUAACAAUCAAAUAAUUUUUUCGGUACUGUGUGAAAAUAUAGUUGUUGAGGUAAAGCACUGGUUGAUUAGUUGGUUGACUCGACAAAUUGCUCUGACCGUCUUCAGGAGAGUGGUUACUGUAUUGGUUUUCAAUUGAAAUUUAUAUAGAGAAAAAAUGUCCUUUAAAUAUAAGGUACAGUUCCUAUCUUUGCCUUAAUUGGCUGGUAAUUAAUUUAGGAAAUUCUUGAUGUAAAUAGACUGUAAACUGUUUUGUAGCCGUUUUUCAUUAGUAUGAUGACUACUUAAAACGUUUCAUGAGGAAUUUAGUUUUUUAUUGAAUUUGAGGGUUUUUUUAAGGACAGACAUUAUAUCGGUUUUUGUGUGUAGAAAAAAGAAUUUUUGAAAGACGCUUAGACAAACUGUAUAUAAAACAUUAUCUCAGUUGUAUUUAAACUACAGAUCAAGUUACUAAUGAUAUAGAUGCCUCAGUAUAUAUUUUAAAACAUGCUAACAAUCUACAGAAAAUAUUGUAUUUAUUAAAUUUACAUUAUAUACCGGCAUAUAUAUAUAUAUAUAUAUAUAUAU